AUGGCUACUGCCGCCCAUUGCGCCUACUGCUUCGAGAGCCUGAGCGCCAGUUUGGAGAAGCGCCAUCCGCUGAGUUUGCCCGAGCUCGAGGAGUUGUGGAACGAGUACAACGCCGAUGAUGUGGACGCUGAAGAUGAGGUCGACGACGAUGAUGAGAGCGUGGAUGACGAGGAGGAUGAGGAGAUGACGGAUGCCGAGGACAUGCAGACUACCACCACCACUCUCAAGCCGUCCCCGGCCAUCAGCCGCCUGGCUGCCGGCAGUCCUUCCUCGGGCUCCACCAACGCGAGCACAUCGUCGGUGCAGUCGGCCACUUCGUCGCGCAGCUCCGCCCCCACCACUGCCUCGUCUGCUACCUCCAAGUCGUCCUCGUCGCGUACCUCGUUCUUCUCCAAUCUCGGCCGCCGUGUGCGCGGUGAUCAUCCCUCAGGCUCUGCGCCCCCCGCCGCCGGUGCUUCCGCCGAGGACGCUUAUCCGCUAUUCGUGACAUGGAACACAUUAAGUAGGAGUGGGAGCAAAAACCUGCGUGGCUGUAUUGGUACCUUUGAAGCGCAAGAGCUGUCGGAUGGGCUGCGGAGCUAUGCUCUAACCUCAGCCUUCGACGACACGCGCUUCAACCAGAUCUCUUCACGCGAGCUGCCCAGCCUCGAGUGCGGCGUGACGCUUCUGACCAACUUCCAGCCGGCGGCCGACACCAUGGCGUGGGAGCUGGGCAAGCACGGGUUGCGCAUCUCCUUCACCUAUCACGGCCGCCGCUACGGCGCCACGUACCUACCGGACGUGGCCAAGGAGCAGGGUUGGACGAAGGAAGAGACCAUCGUCAGUCUGAUGCGCAAGGCCGGAUGGAGCGGCCGCCGGGACGACUGGCGCAAGGUUGACCUCAACGUCAUCACCUACGAGGGCAGCAAGGCGACUCUGGCUUACGCCGAGUGGAAGGAGUGGCGCGACUGGGUCGAACAACGCGGUGGUGUGGCGGCGAAGGCUCUGAACUGA